UUUGGGAUCUCCAAGGAGAUUUUGAAGCUAUUAAUCUAGGGCUUGGAUACUUUCUUUUUAAAUUUCAAAUGAGGGAAGAUUGUGCUAAAGUGUACAUGGGAGGACCUUGGAUUGUUUUGGAUCAUUAUCUAACGGUUCGAAAAUGGAAGCAUGAUUUCAAGCCCUCUCAAGCCAAGGAAGUUUCAACUGCUAUGUGGAGUUGGCCACAGAAAGGAGAGCUGUAGUGAGGCUUCGAAGAAGACCACCGGUGGUGUCUUUCCGACCAAUCAACAUGAGCAGAAUUUGACCGUUGAAGAUGUUGUGGUUGUCAGUUCCAGUAAGCCCCUAGAUGGGUUGGCUAGCACUGAUGAGAACACUAAGGAGGCCAAUAUGGAGAGUUAUGGACCUUGGAUGCUUGUUAACAGAAGAGGCCCUCGGAAAAAUUUGAUGGGAGGGAGAGAGUCCAAGUUUGGGUCCAAGGGCAAAGCCCACAUGAAAGAUAUGUCUAAGCCCACUCAUUUUAUUCGUGCUACACAUUUAGGGGAGAGUUCCAUUGGCCCAAGCUUGCUACAUCAAGAUCUCCCCUCUGCCGAUAUUCCUGUCUUAGAAGAAAGUGUUGUUACAGAUAACCCUUUCACGACUUUGACUGCUGACAACACUUUGAUGGACAGCUCUGCCGUAGCCAGAGCUUCCCCUCUAGUUAAGGCUUUUCCAGCUGGUGUUAGCAUUUCUGCAGAACCUUGGGAUAAGGCUUUAAAGCCAUCUUUACCUAGUCCCAAAGAACCACCUGAUCCUAACUUUUCUUCUCUCCCAAAAGUUAGUCUUCCCAACAUAUCCUCUAUUUCUGAGUAUGGUGAUUCCAGAGGAGAAUCAACACAGAGUCCAAACAAGCAUGAUCUAUCUUUCAUUAGAUCAAGAGAAAGAAGCCAUUCACCUAAUAGAUGCCGAUUGGUGGAUCGUAGAGGCUCGUCUCAUAGUCGAGUAGGAGGAGAUAGACACUUACGGCAAAAAGAACACCAUGGUCAGAGUGAGUUCCAUAGCUUCAUCAGUCAACGACAAGCUCAGAGUAAGGAGGAUAUUGGGGACCCCUGAUUUUGUUUCCCUUCCAUCAUUCCCUAAAUCUGUCUCCAUGAAGCUACUUGUUUGGAAUUGUAGAGGUGCCGGUAACAAAGCCUUCAGACGCACUAUGAAGGAACUGGAGAAAACUCACAAACCUUCUAUCAUUGUCCUGAUGGAAACAAAAGUUGAGCUUAGUUCUAUGGGUCUCUUCUUCAAUAAACUUGGGUUCACAGCCUCCUCUCAUGUGGAUCCGGUGGGACGUAGUGGGGGCAUCUGGAUUUUGUGGGAUCCAUUCCGUGCGACGAUAAUGGCUCUUGAUGUUAAUGCUCAAGUCAUACACGCUAAGAUUAAGCGUGAUAACUACUCAGAUU